ACGGUUCAGUGCAUUGUGGGUAAUACCUUAGUCCGCCGCCAUAUCUGUCUUUCUGUACCGGCUGAAGGAGAGAGAGACUAGAGUCAUGAGAGGAAUCCGGGCUCUGAACAAUCUCCCCAAACGCUGCUAUGCCGCUGCCAGGAGAAGUGAGGCUCUGACUGAACCCCUCACAGGCCGCGCACCGUCCUCAGCUGCACUUCUCCCUUCCCAAAAUGUCCAGGUGUCCAAGCUUCCAAACGGUCUGGUGGUAGCAUCUCUGGAGAACAAUUCCCCCCUGUCCAGUGUUGGUGUGUUUGUAAAAGCUGGGUGUCGUUAUGAGACGGUGGAAAACCAGGGCGUCUCUCAUGUGCUUCGACUGGCAGCAAACCUGACUACUAAGGGUGCGUCUGCCUUCAAGAUCUGUCGCGGUGUGGAAGCACUCGGGGGCAGCCUGAGUGUGACAUCAUCAAGAGAGACCACCGUCUACACCGCAGACUGCUUGAGAGAUCACCUAGAUUUAUUAUUUGAGUUUUUGGUCAACGUGACUGCAGCUCAGGACUUCCGGCCAUGGGAGGUGGAUGAUCUGACGUCCAGGGUGAAGAUCGACAAGGCUCUGGCUCAGCAGUGUCCUCAGAUAGGUGUAAUUGAGAAGUUGCAUGAGGCAGCGUACAAAAACGCCCUGUCCAACUCUCUGUACUGCCCUGACUACAUGGUUGGUCGGGUCUCCUCUACACAGCUGCAGUCAUUUGUUGAGGACCAUUUCACCGCUGGCAGAAUGGCUCUUGUAGGACUGGGUGUUCAGCACUCCGUGCUGAGGCAAAUGGGCGAGGGGCUGUUGAGUGUCCACAGCGGGGCUGGAGCACCUGCGGCUAAGGCUGUGUACCGUGGAGGUGAGCUGCGGGUGCAAAACAAUGAUGACCUGGUCCACGCACUGAUUACCAGUGAGGGUGGUGUGACAGGUAGCGCAGAGGCUAAUGCCUUCAGUGUGCUGCAAAGGAUCCUGGGAGCUGGGCCGCAUGUAAAGAGGGGCUCCAACAUUACCAGCAAACUGAGCCAGGGUAUUGCCAAAGCUACCACACAGCCUUUUGAUGCCACAGCCUUCAAUGCCUCAUACUCUGACUCCGGCCUGUUUGGCGUCUAUACCAUUGCACAAGCUGACUCUGCAGGAGAGGUAAUCAAAGCUGCCAUUGCUCAAGUGAGAGGUGUGGCUGAGGGAAACGUAUCAGAGGCGGACAUCAGCAGAGCAAAGAACCAGGUAAAAUCAGAGUACCUGAUGUCAUUGGAGAGCUCUGAGGGACUGAUGGAGGAGAUCGGUGCUCAGGCUCUGACCACUGCGGCGUACCAGCUUCCUGACGCUGUUCUCCAGGCUAUAGAUGCUGUCACCCAGGACGAUGUGGUCAAGGCUGCGAAACAAUUUGUGGAUGGCAAGAAGACCAUGGCAGCUAGUGGACACCUGGUGAAUACACCGUUUGUGGAUGAAGUAUGAAGAUAAAGUAUAAGAACAGUUACUUUUUAACUUGAGCAUGCUUCAAAAGGAAAGAGGACCUCAAAACCACAGCCUCCUGCAACAGUUCAUUUGAUGUCAUCAUUUGUUCUCUGUCCUGCAGUAAGUGUAAGCACCAACAGGUGGCUGGAGAAUCAUAAUGCAAUUUCUCUUUUGUUUUUUUGUCAAUUUAACUGUAUAUCUAUGUAAAUUAAAGACCGUAACAACU